CACCCUCUGAAAACAAAAUUGAUGCGUUGGGCAUACCAGAUACCAGCAAUUGAUGGGCCUUUCUUGUAGAGAAUAUGACAUAUAGAAUAUAACCAUGCAGACCAUUCCAUUCGUUCCUCAGUGCUCAAAUUAUUGCUGGACGUGUUUUUACUAUUAUAGAAGCAACUAGAGUGGAAGGUAAAAUGUAAAAAAAAAAAAAAGAAAGUGUUACACAAAUGUCUUUCUAUGACCGGUAGACCUCUAUUAAAAAUCCGACUGAAUCAUAGUAAAGUUUUUUUUGUAUGGCAAAGCCGGCCAGCUGUUUUUGUGCAAUGUUAGCAUUACGCAAGCAUAAAAGGAACACAAACGCACACCCAGGGGGAAAAGGGAAUGGGCCUCUUGUGCAGAAGAUCAACGACUGCUCGCAGUACAGUAGGCUACACAAUUUCUCUUUGCACAUUCGUAAAUACAGAGCCUAAUACUCGGACCGUUGCACGUCAAGCUGUUCUAUGCAGGCAAGAUGGGUAUCUAUUUAGGCCUUUAUGUCAAUCUGUUAAUAGUUAAAAUGAUAGCAUAACUCAAUCAUUGUUUAUAUCUUUUGGGGAUAAUGCUGCUUUCGAUAGUUGUAUAAAAUGUUUUGGAAUGUAUUUGGAGAGCUGGACACAGGUUACUGCACCAUGGUUACUGCACCAUUUUUUUGCAUUUCAUUUAGAAUAAUACAUUUAAACGUAUUCAACCAGCAUUCAUCGCCUGGAGCCUAUAGACAAAAUAAAAUUGACUUCAAAAUAAAUAGACCCAGGGUAAUUUAGAUAAUUUGCCAAAUGACUAAACACUGUUAAAAGUUACAAAAUGUAUAUUUACCGUUAUAAACGUUUAACAUAGACUAUACAUUCAACACGUCUAUUUCUCGAAUCACAUUUUGACCAUUCUAAUCUGGAUUGCAGUCCCACAGAAAUAUAACCGAUUAUAGGGAGGGCUUUACAAUGAUCAAAUUGGGCUACUCCCGUUGAUUUCUGUUGCGUGCACAAUGGCAUUUUAGCUCAUAAAUUGUGUUAAUUCAGUAGGCCUAUGCCACAGGAAAAUAAAGAUACAAUUGUAAGAUUUAAACAAAAAUGUUGCUUAAAAAAUUUAUUCGCCUACAACACUAUCCAAAUCAAAAUGAAUCCCAUGGAUAAUUUUGAUUUGGAUAGUGUUGGAGGCGAAUACAUUAUGUGGAGACUGUCAAGAUUUCCUCGAGUUUUGCCUCGACUCCAGCGUCACCAUUUGCGCACAGUACGAAAUGGACAGAAGAGAGAGAGCGGCCAUUUUAGUACCGCUAGUCAAAACCUAAUUUUACUCAAAUUUAAUGCGAAUAUUGAAUGUUUAUGCAUGUGUUUAAACAUAGGCCCUACAUUAUUCAUAUGCGUUCACUCCCUUUUCUGAAUAGUCUUUUCCCUGUUCCAUAACCGCUUGAGAGCAUAUGAGUGUUAUAGGCCUUGUCCUUCAAAAGGGCAGCUGCCUGUCUUCUCCAAAGGGCUGAAUAAAUAUAAGAGAAAUUGAUUAACUGUUAUUGGUGCAAUAAUAACAGAAUAUAGCCAACGUUAUUAUUCAUAUAACAUAUCACUUCACAUAAGUCCCAUAAUUUAGAUGAGAAAAACAUGACAAAAUCCACUGAUACAAAUGUAGAUAUUGUGUGUAUAUUGAAAUUGCCUUUAUUUUUCUUUGGGUCUAUUUAUUUUGCCACAAACUGUAUGCUAUCUAAACCAAAUAGAUGUCUAAUAUAGUUUUUCUCUCCUUGUUGUUUUUCAUACGCAUACUGCCUGUCAGAAGCCAAAAUGAAAUAUCCCUUUUGGUGGCAUUCCUGUAGGUGGCAAUGAAGCACUAGGUUGAAAAGAGUUACAUAAAAGUAUGCAUUUAAACAUAAAAAAAUGUUUAACAGUUUACCAAAUGGUCUUUCAAAUGUACUUUCUCUUAUAAAAUGUUAAUCAAAAUAUAAUGUUACUUUUGUAAGAAAUUGUUAAAAAAUAUAUUUGCUUGCCUAAUGGUCUUUCAUGCUUGCUCUUACUUUUGAAAUGUUCAUCAAAAUAUAAUUUUGAAUUGCAAAUAAAUAUAAAUCAAUAAGAUGUCUCUCUUGUGUUGUCUUUGCUCUUUUGAAAUGGUUGGUGGUUUAAAAUACUGACAACUGUCAAAAUGAAGAAGACAUCUCAGAGAUUAUGAUUUCUAAAAGAGAAUUGCAUCUUACGCUAAGAAAAAAGUAUCUUUAGUACUAAACUGCCAACUUACAUUUAUUGUGGUUUAGUGGUCACAUUUUCAGUAUAAUUGGAGGCCCAGUGAAGGCACACAGGGUGACAUAGAAUAGCCUUUUCAUCCAUAGUGGUUAUGUCCCUAACUCUAAGUAAAAUAAGAGAUCUCUAGAAUUCAAGGUGGCACAGAUCCAUCAAGCCAAAGGUUACUAGGCCUGUGUGAUCCCUGACCCCAUCUAACCCCACUCUUCAUCAGAGUCCUUACAAUAAUAGCCCUCUAUAUCACAGAGCACCAAUACUUCUCAGAUACCACUUAUCAUUAUUGAUUUCUUCUCUGAGAGGGAGGAGGAGGGCACAGAGGAGAGUGAACUACUCAGAACUUUGCUGAAGCAGACUCAAUACACCUUUUUAAAUAGAGACAAUGCCUCUGUGUGAGCCUCAGCCCCACCUAGUGAUGUUAUGGGACAGGCCAGAUGGCUACAGAGCGAGAAGGUGAGAGAGCACUGCUGUUGACUAUUGCAUGACAGGUCUUACCACAGAGACUCUUCCGGUGAACAAAAUGAUGUGGGUGAGAAGUGUUUGGACAGGAACAAGAAGUGACUCAGUUUGGAGGAACUGACGUUACCCUGACUUCUGUCUGACGGCGACCUGUUGGACCGUACGGAAGAGAUAUGACUGAGAACGGUACUAUGACAAGCAAUGGCACCGCUAAGAAGGGAGAAGAACUCAAAAUUGUUAUUGUGGGUGAUGGGGGUUGUGGGAAAACAUCCCUUCUAAUGGUCUAUGCCAAAGGAGACUUUCCAGAGAAGUAUGCUCCGUCUGUGUUUGAGAAAUAUGUCACCACAGUCAAGUAUGGAGGGAAAGAGAUUCGACUCAACCUCUAUGACACAGCUGGCCAAGAUGACUACGAUCGUUUGAGGCCACUCUCCUAUCAGAAUGCCAACCUGGUGUUAGUCUGUUAUGACGUAACCAACCCCACCAGUUUUGAAAAUGUCUUAAUCAAAUGGUACCCGGAAGUGAACCACUUCUGUCGCGAUGUUCCUGUCAUUCUGAUUGGCUGUAAGACUGACCUGAGAAAGGAUAAGGAACGUACCAGGAGGCUCAAAGCCAUGGACCAGGCUCCCAUUACUUACACACAGGGUGAGGAGACCAGGCGGCACAUGAGUGCUGAGCUUUAUCUGGAGUGUUCAGCCAAAUAUCGUGAAAACGUGGAGGACAUUUUCAGAGAGGCCACUAAAAAAGCCCUGGCAUCCAGCCGCAGAGCAAAACACCGUACGAGGAAGAGGCAUUGUGUCGUCCUGUGACCUCUUAGUGAAAGGACAGAGGCUUGAAGUCAAUUGACACAACAGGACACCCGGUCCACUGCUCUUACAUGUCAAAUCUACACCAUAUGCUGCUUGUCUAUUAUAAACAACUGCUUGCCACAUCCUGGGUCAUCCUAAUUCAAUUUCAUCAAGAGCCUGUCUGGAGACACCAUCCCCAGCCAACUCAUGCCCUUGGGAUCUGGACAAUAAUAUUCAACACUGAACUAAUGUCUGCUAGGGUCAAGAUGGCAAUCCUGAUAGUUCUGUGGGUGCAAGGUCUAUCCUGGGAUUCCAGAGUGGUUUUGUCUCCACGUUAGGCCAAAGUAUAAGUGGGAAUAUGAUAGAAGUAGAUCGAGAUUGUGUAUCAUAGAAUUUUGUCAAAUAUCCUUUUUAUCAGUUACUGAAUUGCUAUUUUUACUUUUAUAAAUCAUUUGUUGUACCCAUU